AUGCAGCUUAUUCCGAAGGAGCUCGACAAGCUCACCAUCGCCCAACUUGGAUUCUUGGCACAGCGUCGUCUAGCACGUGGAGUGCGGCUCAACCAUGCCGAAGCUGUGGUACUCCCUCCCCAGGCCCUGAUAUCCUCAGUGCUGCACGAGCUAAUUCGCGAUGGCCACUACUCCGUCGCCGAUCUCAUGUCGAUCGGCAAGACCCUGCUCGGCCGCCGCCAUGUCCUCCCCUCCGUCCUAGCAACCCUCGUUGAGCUCCAAGUCGAGGGAACUUUCAUCUCCGGUACAUACCUGGUGACAGUGCACCACCCGAUCAGUAGCGAUGAGGGCGAUCUCGAGCGCGCUCUGUAUGGCAGUUUUCUGCCCGUGCCUGCGCGCGAAGCAUUCCCAGAUCCAGACCCGGAGGACUUCAGACCGGAGAAGAUGCCUGGCGCGGUCAUUCCCGCUAAACAUGCGCGUGUGGAGUUGAGUACUGGGCGCAGGCGUAUCAAGCUGAAGGUUAUGAGUAAGGGCGAUCGGCCGAUCCAGGUUGGAUCGCAUUAUCAUUUCGUUGAGACGAACCCGCAGCUGCAUUUCGAUCGUGUGCAGUCGUAUGGGUUCAGACUGGAUAUCCCCGCGGGUACAUCGAUCAGAUUUGAGCCCGGGGAUACGAAGACUGUGACACUCGUUGAGAUCGGAGGAAACCGCAUUAUUCGCGGUGGAAACUGGCUGGCGAAUGGUCCGGUUGAUAUGAGCCGUGCCGACGAGAUCGUGACCAAGCUACAAACCGCUGGCUUUGCGCAUGUGCCGGAGCCGCAGGCGGAUAGUGUGCUUGUUUCUGGGUUCUCGAUGGAGCGCGAGGCGUACUCGCGCAUGUUCGGUCCCACAACUGGAGAUCGGGUGCGGCUUGGGCUGACGGAUUUGUGGAUUGAGGUUGAGAAGGAUCUGACAAAUUAUGGAGAUGAGUGUGCGUUUGGCGGAGGCAAGACACUCCGGGAGGGAAUGGGCCAGGCAUCUGGUCGGUCUCAUACCGAGUGUGUUGAUACUGUUAUCACUAAUGCGUUGAUUAUCGACUGGACCGGCAUCUAUAAGGCCGAUAUUGGAAUUAAGGAUGGGCUCAUUGCUGGUAUCGGCAAGGCUGGAAACCCGGAUGUCAUGGAUGGCGUGCACCCUGAUCUGGUGGUGGGAGCUUCUACAGAUGUCAUUGCUGGAGAGAACAAAAUCAUUACUGCCGGUGGUAUCGACACACACAUCCACUUGAUCUGCCCGCAACAGGUGGAUGAAGCUCUGGCCUCGGGCAUUACCACUUUCCUUGGCGGCGGCACUGGUCCCAGUACCGGUUCCAAUGCGACAACAUGUACGCCUGGACCUAACCACCUGCGCCAGAUGAUGCAAGCCUGCGAUAGUCUACCGAUCAACAUCGGCAUAACAGGAAAGGGCAACGACUGCGGAAAGAAGAGCAUCGAAGAACAGAUCCUCGCCGGCGCAGCUGGUCUCAAACUCCACGAAGACUGGGGUUCCACCCCAGCAGCAAUCGACAACUGCCUAGAGAUGUGCGAUGAAUACGAUGUGCAAUGUAUGAUCCACACCGACACGCUGAACGAAUCUGGCUUCGUCGAGCAAACCAUCGAAGCCUUCAAGGGUCGCACGAUCCACACCUACCACACCGAAGGUGCUGGCGGCGGCCACGCACCAGACAUCAUCUCCGUCGUCGAACACCCCAACGUACUCCCUAGCAGCACAAACCCCACCCGCCCCUUCACCCUCAACACCCUCGACGAACACCUCGACAUGCUAAUGGUCUGCCACCAUCUAUCAAAGAACAUCCCCGAGGACGUGGCAUUCGCCGAAAGCCGCAUCCGCGCUGAGACCAUCGCCGCCGAAGACGUCCUCCACGACCUAGGCGCCAUCAGCAUGAUGUCCUCCGACUCCCAAGCAAUGGGCCGCUGCGGCGAAGUAAUCCUCCGCACCUGGCACACCGCACACAAAAACAAGACGCAGCGUGGACCCCUCGAAAGCGACGCCGACACCGGCGCGGACAACUUCCGCGUGAAGCGCUACAUCAGCAAAUACACGAUCAACCCAGCGCUUGCACAGGGAAUGGCACACGCCAUUGGAUCCGUCGAGGUCGGCAAGGUCGCCGAUCUAGUGAUGUGGAAAGCCGCAUCAUUCGGCACGAAGCCCGUAUCCGUGCUAAAGAGCGGAAUGAUCGUAGUAGCGGAAAUGGGCGAUCCAAACGCCUCCAUCCCGACCGUCGAGCCGAUGAUCGUGCGGCCGAUGUUUGGAGCCCGCGUACCGGCUUUAUCUAUCAUGUUUGUUUCGCAGGCUUCUAUUGAUGCAGGGAUUGUGCAGACCUACGGCCUGAAGAAGCGGAUUGAGGCUGUGAAGAAUUGUCGGUCGGUUGGAAAGAAGGAUAUGAAAUUCAACGAUACUAUGCCGAAGAUGAAGGUUGACCCCGAGAGUUAUACCGUUGAGGCUGAUGGGAUGCUCUGUGAUGCGGAGCCGGCUUCGGAGUUGCCUUUGACCCAGGCUUACUAUGUCUUCUAG